AGAGCGAGUGCCUGUCCCUAUCCUCGCUGUCCCCCAUGUCCCUCUACCGCCUCCUCCUCCGCUCUCUCCGCCACCGCUCCUCCUCCUCCUCCCCCCACCUCCUCCCCUCUUUGGCUCCCGCUGCUCAACACCGCUCCUUCGCCUUCAGCUCCGCCGAGGAGGCUGCUGCCGAACGCCGCCGCCGCAAGCGCCGCCUCCGCACCGAGCCCCCUCUCCACGCCCUCCGCCGCGACAACUACCCCCCUCCUCCCCGCGAUCCCAACGCCCCCCGCCUCCCCGACUCCACCUCCGCCCUCGUCGGCCCUCGCCUCAACCUCCACAACCGCGUCCAGUCCCUCAUCCGUGCCGGAGAUCUCGAUGCCGCCUCUGCCGUCGCCCGCCACUCCGUCUUCUCCAACACCCGCCCCACCGUCUUCACUUGCAACGCCAUCAUCGCUUCCAUGUACCGCUCCAAGAGGUACCCUGACGCUAUUGCCCUCUUCCAGUUCUUCUUCAACCAGUCCAACAUCGUCCCCAACGUCGUCUCUUACAACAAUUUGAUCAACACCCACUGCGAUAUGGGUAACGUCGACACUGCUCUCGACGUCUAUCGCCACAUCCUGGCCAAUGCCCCUUUUAGUCCCUCUUCCGUCACUUAUAGGCAUCUCACUAAGGGGCUUAUUGACGCCGGGAGGAUAGGGGAUGCUGUCGACCUUUUGCGUGAGAUGCUGACUAAGGGCCAUGGAGCCGAUUCUUUGGUUUACAACAAUUUGAUUUCCGGUUUUCUCAAAUUGGGAAAUCUGGAUAAGGCGAACGAGUUGUUCGAUGAGCUUAAAGAGAGGUGUCUGGUCUAUGAUGGAGUUGUGAGCGCAACGUUCAUGGACUGGUUCUUCAAUCGGGGCAGAGAGAAGGAGGCUAUGGAGUCGUAUAAGUCUUUGCUUGACAGGCAAUUUAGGAUGGUUCCUGCCACUUGCAAUACCCUCAUCGAGGUUCUGCUGAAGCAUGGGAGGAAGACCGAGGCUUGGGCCAUGUUUGACCAAAUGUUGGACAAUCACACUCCUCCCACCUUCCAGGCAGUGAAUUCGGACACCUUCAAUAUCAUGGUCAAUGAGUGUUUCAAGAAUGGAAAUUUUGAUGAGGCUAUCAACACCUUCCGAAAGGUAGGGACAAAAGCAGGAUCUAGACCAUUUUCCAUGGAUGUUGCUGGAUACAAUAACAUCAUAACUCGGUACUGCGAACAUGGGAUGCUUGCAGAGGCAGAUAAUCUCUUCAGAGAGCUGAUGUCAAAGUCACUGUGCCCGGAUGUCAUGAGUCAUAGGACAUUGAUAGAUGCUUACUUGAAAGAGAACAGGCUUGACGAUGCUUUGAGUAUGUUUAACAGAAUGGUGGAUGCUGGAUUGAGGGUGGUGGCAAGUUUUGGAAACAGGGUAUUUGAGGUGUUUAUUGGGAAUGGCAAGGUUGUUGAUUGUGCUCAGGCGCUGACGAAGAUGGGUGAGAAGGAUCCAAAACCAGAUGCUACCUGUUAUGAGGUUGUCUUGAAAGGGCUUUGCAAUGAAGGUGCAUUUGACGUGGCCCAAGACCUAGUAGGGCAGAUGAUAAGGUAUGGCAUUGGCUUUACUCCAUCUUUGCGUGAGUUUGUCUCCAUGGCCUUUGGAAAAGCAGGUCGCGGUGAGGAGAUUGAGAGAUUGUUGAGCAUGAAUAGGUGGGGAUAUGCUCCGCGAUAUCCUCAACAGGGACCAAAUCUGCAACCACGAGUACGAGGGCCUCCUCAAAUGGCUGCUACUCAAGGGCCCUCUUCGAUGAAUGGCCCACUCCCCCUCCAAGGUGCUGCCCCACAAGGAUUUGGGUCAUUGAGGCCAUCCCAGACCCAUGGACGGCUAGGAUAUCCACAGACUGCUGCAGCACCAGUAAGACCACCAUUUCUCAGAACAGGAGAACCUUCUCCAAUACCUGGUCAACCGCGACCCUCGCAAGUGCCUGGGUCUUCAGGACCUUGGCAAGUUUCUGGAUCACCAUUUCCAUCACAAAUGGGUGGACUACAGGGGCCUUCACCAAGUUAUGAUCCAGCUGCACCUUCCCAGGUUAUGGGGAUACCAGGACCUUCACUGGCAGGAUCACAGGGUUUUGGCCAAGUGGAUGAACAAUCUGAAUUUCCACAUAGUGCCAGAGAGGUGUCCGCUUGAUUCUCUGGCGAAAUCGGAGUGAAAGUUCUGUCCUGCUAUCUUAGAGCAUGAGUGGGACAAGAACAGAUGCUGAAUCCCUGUGCAUGCAAUAGUGCUCAAGUUCUUCUGGGGAUAGCUAUGAGUCAAAGUUCCAGUUGAUGCGAAGAGGUGAACUGAAUUCGAUUUGAAUAUUGUACUUAAUCUGAUGAUAAGGGAGUUUUUCCAGCA